AUGACUCAGGCUGAUAAACUUCAAGUUAGAGACACAGCAUCAGCUCUGCACGAGCAUACGUUUACCCAGCCGCAAGAGAGAUUUGGGAACCAGCCCUGGGAGUUGGCCAAGGUCAUGCAGACCUUCACACAGAGGAAAGAUCAGGUUAACCUUAGCCGUCACAACUUCAUAAUUGAAUUCGAUGCCUAUGUUAGUAACUCCGCCAUCGCAUGGGUGCGAUUCUAUGCGGCCGGCACGAUCGCAACAAAGGUGAAGCCGAGGGCAGUGAAAUAUGGCCUCGAUCACUGGAAGAAGUUCUAUUUGCCUGACUCGCAGCUCUAUGAAGCUGUAAAGCUGCUCCACAAAGGGUCCCUGAUCAGUGCGGACAAUAUCGAUAUGCCUGAGCUCCUGGAUACUUGGUUUAUGUCAAGGCUGGGGGUCGAGGAGGGAAGGGACUGUUCAGUAUGGUAG